AUCCUGUAAUUAACAAAAUAAAUAUUCAUCCAUGCCAUUUGGUUUCCUUCUAUUGGUUGAUGUUCUCAUUUUGUACUUUCCCAUUCUACUUUUCAAAUCAUUUCGUUUCCCUCCAAACAAAUAUAAUCACUGGCCAAGCUAUACACUAACCAAUACUCUCUCUGCAAACAUCACCAACAUUUCUUCUCUCAACCUUGCGCAUCCGGAGAUAUCUUCCACCACCCGGAGAACUACUUUCUCCAGAAAUCAACCACACCAGGAACGAUGUCGAGGCAGCCCAUUCUAAUCAAGGAUCUGGUCAAGGGGAACCAAGUGUGGAAAAUGCUCAUUAGAGUAAUUGAUUUGUGGGUUGUUAUUGAAAAAAAUGGGCAACAACACAUGGAAGCCGUUAUUCAAGAUGGACAGGGUGAUAAGAUUCAUGUGAUAACUCGGAGCAGGGACUACCAAGAAUGGGUUGAAGUUCUCAAGGAGCAUGAGACGUAUACUAUAUAUAACGGAGAGCCAGUUGAAAACGAUGUUCCACUGAAAGUGUGCUGUAACCCACUCAAGCUCAUCUUCAAUGGAGGCACUACCAUGACCAAAGUGGCUAUCCCGGAAAUACCAGCUCAUAGUUUCAGUUUCUUCCCUAUUGAGAAGUUCCUCAGAGGUGACUACAAACAUGACAUGUUGUAUGAUGUGAUUGGGGUGUUACAGGAUGUUUUAAAGACCCAGAUGGGAGGUGGGGGAAGAAAGUCUUGCGUCAAUGUCAAUUUACGUGAUGUACAGGGGAAUGUCAUUGAGCUGGUACUAUGGGAUGAUUAUGCUAAGCAGUUUGUGAACUACACUACCCCUAACAACUUAUCUGGUCCUACUUUAAUAGUAUUGACACAUGCAUGGUGCAAGCCCAAUACAGUUUCGGGAUUGCCGUGUCUUUCCAAUGCAUGGAACGGCUCUAGGCUAUACUUUAACUUGGAUCAUCCACAGGUUGUUAAAUACAAAGCUAGCUUUGGAGACAACAUGCCUGCCCCUUCCCAAUCAAUGACUUGCGAUUCAUCCGGUCAAUCUAGCAACAAUUUCUGGACUAAACUAAGUGAGGUCAAAAGUAUUAGUGCAAUAUCUGAAUCUGGAAAGGACUGCUAUGCAACAACUAUUGGGACGACCAUAGGUUUUAAUGCCUCGAAGUUUGGAUGGUAUUUUGAAUCGACUGGAAACACAGAGGCUGAAACCGUUACCAAAUUCAAACUGGAGGUUGAAGUGGAGUACGAUAACCACAAGGGAAUCUUUGUUUUUUGGGAUAAGGAUUGCAUACCUUAUACUAAAUUGUCUGCUAAGGAACUGCGAGAAGUUAUGAAAGCUGCUGGAGAGGAUAAUCCUAAGAUUUGGCCCACUCACCUUGAUGUUCUAUUGAAUAGAACAUUGGUCUUUCGUAUCAAGUAUCAAUCAUAAUACCGACGAUUCUCUAUCGUGAAGAUACUUAACGAAGACGGCCUUUAUGAUAAGUUUCACAACUACCUCACACCGGAUGAGAAUGCAACUAAUGAAGAAGUUGAGGAAAUGGACACCACUUCUCCAAAUCUUACUCCAAACCAAGUCACUCAAAGUUCUGAACAAUCAAUCGGUGCUCAACCACUUCAUGCCGCUAACCAUUCGGGGAGUCCUACUGCCAGCUGCAGCAGUACACCUGCCAAGAGGGUUGCCACGUCGACCUCAGUGAACGAAGCCAUCCAGUCUGAGGAGCUGACUCCCAAGCAAUCAGCCACUAAGGCCAAGCCCGGAAAGAAGACCAAGCAUAUCAAGAAGGAGUAACUUUGGUGGUUUGGUUGCAGCAGAUUGUCACAUUUUUUGAUGCUUACCAUGGCAUUUAACUAUUUGUAAGGAUAUAAUCCAACUUUUAAAACCUUAUUUUGUUGGCCAUUGUCUUAUGACUUUGAAGUUGCCAUUAUUCAAGUACUUAGAGACCUAUUCUGUUUAUUUAAUAUGUUUUGUAAUGAACCU